GGCACUUUUCAGUUUUUCACAGUCUGCAUAACACAGCAAUGCCUAGUAAAACCAUUCUCCCCACAGCCCAAGAGGCUCUACCAGGGCGGGCUGAAGCCCUUCAAGUGUCAGCCAAACAUGCUAUCAAUGGAAACUCAACAAUGGAGCCAUUCCCAAUUGGUCAUGAGCUGGCCAUGUUUGGUAUGGGUUGCUUCUGGGGAGUAGAGCGGCUGUUCUGGAGACAGAAGGGUGUCUUCUCCACUCAGGUAGGAUAUGCAGGAGGGUACACUCAACAUCCCACAUAUAAGGAAGUGUGUACAGGUCUCACUGCACAUAUCGAGGUUGUCCGGAUUGUAUUUGACCCUAAAGUUAUAACUUACGCAGACUUACUGAAGUUGUUCUGGGAGAACCAUAACCCAAAUGAAGGAAUGAAGCAAGGGCAGGAUGUCGGCAGUCAGUACCGCUCAGUGAUAUUCACCUAUGGAGAUCAACAGAGAGAAGCAGCUCUUUUAUCAAAGGAGACCUUCCAGAAGGAGCUGAACCGCGUCAGCCUGGGCACCAUCACCACAGAGAUCCGUCCAGCUCCGGCGUUUUAUUAUGCAGAGGAUUAUCACCAGCAAUAUCUGCACAAAAACCCAGAUGGCUACUGUGGCUUGAAGGGAACCGGUGUCAGCUGCAUUCUCUAGGGACCAGAGGAUAUGGGCUCUUUUAUAGGAUUAGCUGCAUUUGUGCAUUUAAUAAAAUACAUGUUACGCAACCUAA